CAACCGUAUAAGACCUGCAAAACUGAGGUUGAAUAUCGAAGUGGGAAAACAAACCUCCACAAAAGGUCAAAGUCUCCUCUCUCUCCCCCUCUCCCACGCGCAAACACUUUCAUUAUAUCUAUCUAUGCUUCCUCAGCUUCCAAUUCUACGGCGGUGUGUAUUUUUCCGUCGAAUUACUGCAUAAAGCUCCGAUCUUUAACGAAAUGAGAGUUCCAUCUCCACCACGGCCGCCGCUUCUCGCCUUCCUCCUCUGCCUCCUCCUCGCCGCCUCCGCCUCCGCCGCAGACAUCCCUCUGAACUCCACCCUCUAUGCCAACGACCCCAACUCCAGAUGGGCCUCACCCAACAACACAUUCGCCCUCUCCUUCGUCCCCUCCGCCCCCGCCGGAACCCUCAUCGCCGCCGUCUCAUACAGCACCAUCCCCAUCUGGCAAGCGGGCCCCUCCACCAACUCCUCCGCCGUCCUCCGCCUCCUCCCCUCCGGCGAUCUCCAGCUCCUCCCUGCCGCUUCCUCCACCACACCCCUCUGGUCCUCCUCCACCGCCGCCCUCGGCGUCACAGCCGCUGAGCUCCAAGAGUCCGGUAACUUCGUGCUCAAGAACUCCUCCGGCGCCACCGUGUGGGCCUCUUUCGACCAGCCCACUGACACCAUCGUCCCCACGCAGCAAUUGAACGCCAACCACACUCUCACAUCCGGGCUCUACUCUUUCAAGAUCAAGCCAAACGGGAACUUGACGCUUUUGUGGAACAACACCAUCACCUACUACAAUUUAGGUUUGAAUUCUACUGCGAAUUCCAAUUUAUCAAACCCUAUUCUUGAAAUCCGGCCCACUGGGAUCCUCACCCUCUCCGAUCCCUCCCUCAAUAGCGAUCUUGAUUUAGCUUACAGUAGUGAUUAUGCCGAGGAAAGCGAUGUUUUUAGAAUUGUGAAAUUAGAUAACGAUGGCAAUUUGAGAAUUCAUAGCUUUGUUCAAGGUAGUGGGACUCUGACUGCUGGUUGGGCUGCUGUGAGUGAUCAAUGUCAGGUUUAUGGAUUCUGUGGGAAUAAUGGGAUAUGUAGUUACAAUGAAACUUCUCCUAUUUGUGGCUGCCCUUCACAAAACUUCGAAUUCAUUGAUUCGAGGGAUACUAGUAGAGGUUGUAAGAGAACAAGGGAGCUUCAAGAUUGCUCCGGCCAGGUGGCAAUGUUGCAGUUGGAUCACACCGAGUUCUUAACAUUCGAACCCGAGUUAGAUACGCAGGUUUUCUACAUGGGAAACCAGCCUUGCAACCUCAACUGUCUGAAUGGAGCAUCUUGUGUUGCUUCAACUUCAUUGUCGGAUGGAUCGGGGCAGUGUUUCUUGAAAACCAGUAGCUUCGUGAGUGGCUUCCGCACCCCGGCCAUCCCCAGCACUUCGUAUGUGAAAGUGUGUGCGCCUGUGCUGCCUAAUCCCUCGCCUGCUGCAGCGGGUGGCGGGGGGAGGGAUAGGUGGAGGCUGAGGGCGUGGGUGGUGGUGGUGGCCGUGUUGGCCACAUUGUUUGUCCUAGCCCUUGUGGAAGGUGGUUUCUGGUGGUGGUGCAUUCGGAACAACACCAAGUUUAGCGCGCUGUCAUCUCAAUACGCGCUCCUUGAGUAUGCAUCGGGUGCACCGGUGCAGUUCUCGUACAAGGAGCUGCAGAAGGCGACCAAGGGGUUCAAGGAGAAGCUCGGGGAGGGAGGGUUUGGAGCUGUGUACAAAGGGGUUCUUGCUAACCGGUCCGUGGCUGCAGUGAAGCAGCUCGAGGGGAUCGAGCAGGGCGAGAAGCAGUUCAGAAUGGAGGUAGCAACGAUCAGCAGCACUCACCACUUGAAUCUAGUGAGACUGAUAGGGUUCUGCUCGGAAGGGAGGCAUAGGCUCUUAGUCUACGAGUUCAUGAAAAACGGCUCCCUUGACAGCUUCCUCUUUGCGCCCGAGGAGCAGUCCGGGAAGCAUCUGAAUUGGGAGAAUCGGUACAGCGUAGCCCUAGGCACCGCACGAGGGAUCACGUACCUUCACGAGGAAUGCAGGGACUGCAUUGUCCACUGCGACAUCAAGCCGGAGAACAUCCUCCUAGACGAGAACUACUGCGCCAAGGUGUCUGAUUUCGGCCUUGCAAAGCUCGUGAACCCUAAGGAUCACCGGUACAGAACCCUAACUAGCGUGAGGGGCACGCGAGGGUACCUGGCUCCGGAGUGGCUCGCUAACCUCCCCAUCACCUCCAAAUCCGAUGUGUACAGCUACGGAAUGGUGCUGCUCGAGAUUGUGAGUGGGAAGAGGAACUUCGAAGUCUCUGCGGAGACGAACCACAAGAAGUUCUCCCUAUGGGCUUAUGAAGAGUUCGAAAAGGGCAAUGUUGAGGCAGUUGUAGACAGAAGACUUUUGAGUCAUGAGAUCGACAUGGAGCAAGUGAGGAGAGCAGUUGUUGUGAGCUUCUGGUGCAUCCAAGAGCAGCCCUCGCAGCGGCCGAUGAUGGGGAAGGUUGUGCAGAUGUUGGAAGGGAUCAUGGAAAUCGAACGGCCGCCGGCGCCUAAGGCUGCUGCGGAGGGAUCUGUUGGUGGCACUAGUGUCACUGCGAGCAGCGUUAGCGCUCUCUCUACUUUUGCAGCUUCAAUGCCGGUGCCCUCUUCGUCCUCGUCGCUGCAGAUGGCCGGAGUCUCGCCGUUUGCCUCCGGGAAGCACGGUGGCGAACGGGGGACUUCCUCGAUGGUGAGCUGAUUUGCCUGCUGGAAAACAGAGGAGAAUUUCUUUUCCUUUGUUAAGGUGAAAACAGAGUACAAAUUUGUCUUUUUUUAAUUGUGAUCAUUUCUUAUUUUUGAUUUGUGCUUGUAAUAAUAGAUUAGAGGUGGAUGAAGGAAAUUUGAAAAGGAAAUGUAAUUAAUUAUAGAAGUAUAUUAAUGGCAUGGCGCGUUGAAGGUA